GUGUGCUGCAAUCUGAGAUUCUUUCUUCCCUUUCCCAUUUCUCAUUUCUGCUUACUCUUUUCCUUAUCUUUGCCUUGUUGUGUGGUAAAGAUUUUACUAUAGAAAGAAAGCUACUUCGAGUGGUUAUGAAUUCUUCUUCUAAGAAUAACAAGCGCAAACAGAGCCCUGGCGACGACCCCGCUAGUGGUAGCGAGAAGAGGCGCAUCGGUGGUGAAUCAGUGCAAGAUGUACUUGACAAGUGGAGGGAGUUCAACGGGAACAACAAAGCUGAUUCUGGUGGAGAAGAUGGUUUCACGAGGGUGGGUAAGGUUCCGGCCAAAGGCUCCAAGAAGGGGUGCAUGAGAGGGAAAGGGGGACCAGAGAACUCAAGUUAUAAGUACAGAGGCGUAAGGCAGAGGUUAUGGGGGAAGUGGGUGGCUGAAAUUCGAGAGCCCAUCAUCCACCGUGGAAGACCACCGACUAAGGGGAAUAGGCUGUGGCUGGGGACGUUUUCUAAUCCCAUUGAAGCUGCUCACGCUUAUGAUGAGGCUGCCAAAGCUAUGUACGGUCCAUAUGCUCGCCUCAACUUCCCUAAUUGCUCUAACAAAGAUUCACCUUCUGCUGCUAACAGAACAUCAUCCACGGACUUGACUUCAACUUCAGAGAGUGUUGGCUUGGGUGACAAAAAACCUGAAUGUUCUGAAGUGGAGAUGUUGGGUAAUGGAACAGAAAAAGAGACCAAAGACUUCAGUUACAAUGAUUCUGUACAUUUUGAAGUUCCAACAACCUUAAAGAGAGAGAAGACAGAGUUUGAGCCUUCAAGGGACAUGGAGUCGAGUUGCCAUGGUGGUUCCAAAGGUGAAAAAGAUUGCAUGAAUUAUUCAAAGUGUGAACUAAAACCUUGUAAUAGCAUCGAAUAUGUACAUGGUUGUUUAAUAGGAGAAUCAGCUGAUAUCAAGCCCUUUGAAAUAGUUGGAAAUGAAAAUUUCUCAUUAAGACCACAGCAACAUUGUGACUUUGAUCAAUUUGAGCUCUCUUCUACAUACUACUAUCCAGCCACUGCUUGGCACUCUGGUGAAGCAUCAACUCUGGAGAACCCGAAGGCCAAACCACCAGGGCAAGCUUCCUUAAAUAGUUUAGGGACAGACACAGACUUGAGUAUGGAUUACAACUUUGAUUUUUAUCUUCAGGACUCUGUAGAAGAGUCAGCAUCUUGGGAUAUAUGGCCCCUGAUUUAGUAUUCUUGUAAGUCUGUGAUCUUCAGUUGUGUUCGUUUUACCUUUCUUGUAUCCUGUUAAUCUUUCUUUAUUAUUUAUCCUAUUCAGAAGAUGUUAUUUGUUGCAUUGGUAUGAAAAUUGAAUAUUUAGCUGAUGUUUCAUGUUCCAUUAAAUGCUUCUUCUUGUC